AUGCCGAGAAAUGAGCAGAAAAAGAACCGCGUUCUUUGCUAUCAGAGAUCAUCUGACGACACCUAUGGUAAUAGAAGCAUAAAGACGCAGAUAUCUUUUCGCGACAGACUGAUAGUUAGCUUUUUGUGUUCUUGUGUUUAUUUUUUUUUUGUUUCUUUUAAUUCCUUUUUUUGUAGAUUUUGCACAUCUAUCGCUCUAGGCUAGUUAUUAGUAUUUUCAUAACCUGCAUGGAAUUUUUUUUGCUUUCACACAGUGCAUCUUUAAAUUUUCCCACGCUUGUCGCCAACGCACAGUGCAUUUUCCCUUUGCGCACCGUGCAAACCACAAAGAAAGCGGUUUGCACUGUGCAAAUGUUUGAGCUGGAACAUUUGCUGAGCCCUUGGAAAAAGCUCAGGCCUCAGAACUCGUUCUGCAUCUAUGUUUUUUAUUUCAGAUUGUCACAAUCCAUAUCUGCUGAAUUAUACGAUCAUGGUGAAGUUUAUCGUGGACCAGACGGUUGGCGAAACAUUCCAGUUUGAGAAGGAAAUCGGCCGAGAUUGUCAUUUGACGAUUUGGGAGGUUUUUUUAGACAGAUAUGGACUCCGUAAUUCUGAUAGUAAUCGCUACUUCGAUUCAAACUGGAUUGAAGAAUGCACGGUGAACGGGAAAAGCUUGUCGUCUCAUGAGAAACUCCAACCAGAAUAUGAAACAAUCUUUGUCAGACUGUGGCCUCUUUGGUUAAGUUCCUUUUAUUUCUUUACCUUACAACGAAUGCUUUUGAAUGCUCAGAUUUUAAUGAAACUUUUCAUACAUCUGAUUAUUUCCCUUCAUUUUUACCGUUACAAAGGCUCGGGAAGACCCCGCAUCCCUUUUUUUCUGUGAAUUAUAGUAGACGUUUUUAGGUACACUUCACGAUUCGUUGUAAGGACAAUCCAGAUUUGUGUCUUGAAACUCGUGGUGCUUGCGGCCGCUGUGAAACCGUUGGCGAUGCGGUACGGCGGAUAAUGAAGGAGAAUGGCAAACGUCCGGAAUUUUGGAUAUCUAGUAUGACAAGAAAGAUCUAUGACAUUUCUUCUGAUUGGUAAAUACGGUUAUGACCCACCGGCGGAAACCCUUCUUUUGGGGCAGAUUCCAUUUACUAGAAUUUUCAUAAAGUGCGUAGACUUUUGCACUUUCAAAAUUCUCCAGGCCCGGGCCGGCCUUGGGAGUUGCGGCCCGGGCUUGCGCCGCCUUGGUUAAUCAAUUGAGUGGUUGUGAAGUUUUUAUUCUAACAAUUUUUGGCUGCUUAAAACGUCGGUGGAACAUAAUCGCAUAUAUUCAGUGAGGAAUGGCACUAUGUUAAUGCAUUUGCGCAUUACGACGUGAACAUCCGCCCAAAAGUAGUAUGUUUCUUUUACCUUUAUACAGGGGGGCCCGGGCCGCGGGCCUGGGGUUUUUUCCGGCCCGGCCCGUCUUAAUUACAAUGCCAAAUCGUUGGCAUUCAUUGUUUUCGCGCCGUAAAAUUAAUUGAUUUUGUUAUAGUUGCUGUUUCUCAAGUUCUAAAACGUUUACAAGUCUAUAGUUCCAUUAUAAAACCACGAAACUAUCACAUUGCACGUCAAACUGAGGAUUCCGGUGACCGGAAUAGACUCUUCGCUAUCGGUUUUUUACAUUUCGUCUAUUUCGCAGAGAAAGAGAGAAAAAAGACACGCAAAAACGUACUCUCUCGCCCCAAAAAUUCCCCAUUUCUUCCGCGACAAGACGCUUUUUCGCGUCUUUUUUUGGCAAAUUACCAAUCCAUUCACCGGACUGUUUUAGCUUAUCUCAGUUUGACGUGCAUUGAACCUUUACUAGCUAGAUCAACGACUUUUUUGCCUAUGUUUAGAUCCCAAGCUUGGGCGCAGUUCGCAGAACCCUCUAUAAAAGGCCGGGCCGGGCCUGGAAAAGGACUAGACGGGCCGGGCCGGUAAUUAGACGGGCCGGGCCGCGGGCCGAAAAUCGGAAAAAUAGGGUCCGCUGACCACCCCUGCCUUUAUAUUUUUUUCCGAAAUUUUACAUGUGUUUUGAACAAGUUUCAAAUUCACGUCGACACUGUGCUCCAACCUUAUAAAGAUUGUGUUUAAUUAUUUUUUUCUCAGAUUUACUUCGAGUUCUGGCACAAUCAGGUGGAAGAAGUCGUGGAAUGUUUUGUUGAAAUGGGAGACGUUGUAUACGAAGUCGCUCGCAAAGCCUUGGAGGAAAAAAAAGUCGAUGUUUCAAACUUUGAUAUCCAUAUUUUCCGAGAUGUAGGUUUUUUUGCUUCGUUACCAACUCCCAUUCAAAUACUUUUACAAAUUUUUAAUUUUAUUUUUAUAGCGUGGUGUUAAAAUGACGCCAUUUUGUAAAGUAGACCGUUAUAAAGAACACUACUUGAUUGAGUUAAUCCCACGCAACAAUAAGUGUAGUCUUGAUGAAGGCAAAGCUCAAACCAACUCUUCAGAAGUUGUGGAGAAGAAAGACCAGGACACGCCAGAUUCUCGAAGUCCACGGCUCUCAGAACCUCGGCAAAAAGAGAAAGAAGAGAAGAGUGGACAGGUCUCCGCUGAUUUGGAUUCAAAACUCUCGACCAUUAUUGACAUGCUCACAAAAGUUGCUGGUGAAGUCUCUUCAACGUUGGCUUCAAGUCAACCGGAAACCUCCAAAGAAAAGGACAGCCAACUUCUCAACCCAAAAGAGACUGUUGAAUACAAGAAGUUGGAGGAAGAGUACGAAAACCUUCGCAGUGAGUUAGAAACCACCAAGGAUGACUUUAAAAAAGAGCUUGCGAGGUCGCGAAAUUUCAACGAAGAGAUUGACCGUCUGAAAGAAGUUACGCAAAAGUUAGAAGCCAAAGGCCUCAGGCACGAAGAGAUUCAACACAAAUUCCAAGAAGGCCUUGCUCUCCUCAAGGAAUUUGAAAUUGCCAACGACAUCAAAAAAGAACUUAUCCUUUCUCAAGAAAAGUUUCAAAAGGCACUCGAAGAUUCCCAAGAGAACUGUGAGAAAGAAAUUGGUCGAUAUAAGGAAUUGAAUCAACAACUUGAAGCUGAAUGUCAACGAAAAGAAGAGAUGGUCAGCAAACUUCAAGAAGACUUGGAGAGAUCGGAUAGUCAGCAUACCGUGAAUCAGCACAUGCUGAAGAAGCACAAACAGAGAAUUGAACUCGAAAUUGAGAGGAAUAUGAGUGCUGAAAGUCAUAUCGACAAUUUGAUGGAAAAGAUCAGGAAACUGGAAAAGCAAAUCCAAAAUUUGCAAAAGCUUGAACCUGAAGAUCAGAAACGAGAAGAAUCUGAAGACAGAAGGGCCGAAGACAGUCCUAGCGAACUGUCAGAGGGAACUGAAAGUUUUGUGAGACUCGAUGAAUCGUCCGUCGAUGGAUACUCCGAAAUUGAUCAGGACGACUUCCAAGUUUCCAAGCAGUCAUCAUCAUGA